AUGGAAGCAACAGUCUACGAGAAGAACCCGGUCGUCUGGCUGCAGGGCUCUGGAGUCAGCCUCAAUAUAUUCUUUGCUCGGCACAAAGAACACAUGCGAUACAAGAAGCUGAUCGCGCCGGCGUUCUCGGAGGCAGCAAUCCGGGAACAGGAGCCGGCUAUUCAACGCUUUAUCGCGGAGUUUAUGGACGGGCUACGCGUGAGGUCCGGUGAUGAGAUGUAUCCUGAUACCAACGGGGUGGUGGACUUGUAUGCGUGGUUUAACUUCAGCAUCUACGACGUUCUCACCAAGCUCGCGUUCGGUGCGUCUGUGGGCUGUCUUGAUCGCGGCGAUUACCAUCCCUGGGUCCGGGCCGUGUUUGGCGCCAUCAAACACUCGCACUUCGAGCAGGCUGCUCACAGACUCAAGCCGUAUCAUCGCCUUCUGGAGAGGUUCAUUCCGUCCGACGUCAAUGAGUCGUAUUCCACCCACCUUCACUUUUCCCAUCGACAGCUGGAGGAGCUACAGAGGAUUGUUGAAGAUCCCAGUGCCAAGAUUGGCAGAGCGGAAUUCACUUCAUUCAUGCUCAAGGGCAUGAGUAAGGAGGAGCUUGAGGACAACGUCAAUAUAAUCGUUGCAGCAGGCGCCGAUACCACUGUGACCGCUUUGGCUGCUGUCACCUACUAUAUCAGCCAUCAUCCGGACAGCUACAAGAAACUGACCGCGGAGAUCCGCAACACAUUCACACGGGAAAGUGACAUUACUGCAGUCGCGGUCGGUCAACUAUCAUACCUGAAGGCUGUGAUAAAGGAAUCUCUGCGCUGUCACCCCUCGGUCCCCGUUGGGCUCCAUCGUGUCGUUCCCAAACAGGGCGGCAUCAUUGAUGAAAAAUGGGUGCCUGGUGGUACAUGGGUAUCAGUCUCUCCGUACGCGGCAUACCGCUCGUCCCGACACUGGCGCGACCCCGAACGGUUCAUCCCAGAGCGCUGGCUUGGGGAAGAUGAGGCCUUCGCAGAUGAUGAUAGGGAUCUCUGUACUCCGUUCUCAAUCGGGCCGCGUAGCUGCAUCGGAAUCAAGUAA